CCCCCUCACAAACACACACACACUCCCCAUAUCACCCCAAUACAUCAGUCGUCGGAAUUAUAGCUGCCUCCAUACAGCUCUCCCCUUGGCUUCCCCUUUCUUCAAACCGAACAGAAUUUAUGUGUAUUUGCCGCAUGAGGACGUCCAAGCAUUGGAACUCAGUUGCUGGGGUUGCAGCAAUUCAGCCUGCCGCUUGCUCCGCGCCGGAGACAUGAAUCUACCAUAACGGAAUUCGCGUUCCCUGUCAAAAUCGGAGAAAUCAAAACUGUUUGUUUGCCGCCUCAUGGGGGUUAUAUUUCGUUUCUGCUGGUCAAUAACUGUCGUCAAGUGAAUAGCUGUUAUCGCCAUCGCUUCAAUUCCAAACUGGAGGAGUCGUGAUCAACGGGAAUGAAAUUGAGAAAAUCGUCCGCGGGUUGGAGGACGGGGCUGAGUUUAGGUCGGGAACUACGAGUCUAGAUAUUUCUAACUUUGUGCGCAAGACUUUCUCUUUCUAUAUGGACCGAUCAACAUCACUGGAUAUCGAGGCUCUGAAGAUGACCCAGGAGCAGUACAUCCUCGCGGCCCAGCCCAACACCCUGAGCCAGCGGGUACACCAAGGUGCCCAGGCCUACCCGGUGGGUAUCUACGGCUGGAGGAAGCGCUGCCUCUACUUUUUCAUCCUCCUGCUCCUGGUCACCAUGAUCGUCAACCUGGCGCUCACCAUCUGGAUCCUCAAGGUCAUGAACUUCACCGUGGAUGGAAUGGGUAAUCUUCGUGUAACCAAAGAGGGGAUCAGGCUAGAGGGUGUUUCGGAGUUUCUGCUCCCUCUCUACGUGAAAGAAAUAGAAUCCAGAAGGGACAAUCCUCUGAUCCUGCAGUCAGACAGGAAUGUGACGGUGAACGCAAGAAACAACCUUGGUCAGCUAACAGGACAGCUCACUGUGGGCUCGGAGAUGGUGGAGGCCCAGUGUCAGAGGUUCGAGGUGAGGAGUCCUGACGGGGAGCGGGUGCUCUUCUCCGCUGACGAGAAGGAGAUCAGCAUCGGCACUGAGAAACUGAGGGUGACAGGGAACGAAGGUGUCGUCUUCGGACAUUCAGUGGAGACAUCCCACAUCAGAGCAGAACCUUUCCAGGAUCUCAAGCUGGAGUCUCCCACCAGGACCCUGAGUCUGGAGGCUCCCAGAGGGGUGGAGGUCAACGCCGGGGUGGGCGACUUCAAGGCCUCCUGCCGGAAAGACCUGUUGCUCCAGUCGUCAGAAGGAGAGAUCUUUUUAGAUUCCAACACAAUUCGGCUGGGGAACAUUCCUCACGGGACAGCGGCAGACCCGCUGCACGGGGCGCCGGGCACCACGUACCCCAAACAGACUGUGUACGAGCUGUGCGUGUGCCCAAGCGGCAAGCUCUACCUGUCCCCGGCUGAGAAGGGCUCCACCUGCCAGACGACCAGCAACGUGUGUCUGUGGAGCUGAGAGAGGGGGGGCCAGCGGACCGCUGAACACCAGAAAGGCCUUCCCCUCAUUAGGAUCCCAGUCCAGGAUACCAGGACCCCAACAGACCCUGAUCCCCAUCCAUACUGUUCCCCAUCCAUCGAUAUAUUUACUUUCUUUGACAGACAUUCUUCAUUUUCUUUCUUUCUCUGUGGUCACUCUCUCUUUCUCUCUUUCUCAUCUCUCUCUUUCUCAUCUCUCUCUUUCUCUCUUUCUCAUCUCUCUCU